AUGUCUGCUGAAUUCGUUGAAUCUAUACAUGGCAAAAGACGACUAUGUUACCUCGGUUAUCGAUAUUCUCUCAAAUGUAAAAAUCAAAAUGAUUCCGAGUAUUGGGUAUGUGUGAAGUGUAACGCUACAGCAACAAGUUAUUCGGAUUCGUCAGUCUUAGUGCGUGACGCUCAUACACAUUUACCUGAUGGAACUGAUAUGGAAAUAUUACAGAUUAGAAAAACUUUAAAACAUGAAGUUAUUGAAGAAUCUGGCCCAAUAGAUCGUAUAGUCGAAGAAGCAUACCACGCUGCUAAUCGUCAGUCUCAAUCCAAUAAUUUGAUUAUUAACUUACCAUCGAUUCAUAUAAUGAAAGAUACCUUACAAAAACAACGUCGUAAGACUCGUCCGCCAAUUCCCCAAUCGAUUGAACAACUUCCGUAUCCAUUACCCGACGUUUAUUGUAAAACAACAAAAGAUGAGUUAUUUUUGUUAUACGGUGGGUCACUUGGUGGUACUCGUUCACUCGUUUUUUGCGUCGUCCAAGUUAUAACAGAUGAAUGCCUAAUUUAUGGCAACGUUGUGACAAAAUUAUGGCAAAGCUAUGAUGACGGUCGUAUUGAUAUUCCAGCGUUCUUGAAAGCUGCUGGUAUGAGAUAUUUUCAACGUCCACCAAAAAGUUAA